GUCAGCCUGCUGGAGACCGUCUUCAUCACCUACCUGCUGCACCUGGCCACCACCCAGCCCCCACCCAUGCCUCGCUGGCUCCACUCUCUGCUCCUCUACUGUGCCCGCCCAUUCAAGUGCUGCCCCACUGGGCCCCAGGAGGGAAACAACAGCCUGGGCCCCACUCCCACCCUGCCUGGGGUGAAGGAGCCUGUGGAGUUGGUGGGGAAGGUGCCAGGUCCCAGGGAGGCAGAGGUAAACGGGUGUCCCGGGUCAACAUGGGCCCAGCAGGAAGCUGAGGCUCAGAAGCAGCACUUGGUCAGCCUGUGGGUGCAGUUCAGCCACGUGAUGGACACCCUGCUCUUCCGCCUCUACCUGCUCUUCAUGGCCAUCUCCAUCACCACGGUCAUCGUCCUCUGGAACACCUAG